GCUAGGCUAGGCUAGGCCUCCCAGGCCUUGUCCAUAAGCACUGUCCAUAAGCACUGUCUUCAAGACAAGAGGUCGUCGUGCUCCGAACGCGAGCCUCGAUACUUUUCCGCCGCGCAACACCGGCCCCAGACGCCAUACGCAGCGCUCGGUGCAGCGCUGCCACGCGCACGGUAGGACCGGAGCUAGCCAUGCGCCGCGCCGCUCUCCUCCUCUCCUGCGUCGUCGUGGGCGCCCUCGUGCCCGCGCCGCGGCAAGCCCUUCAAAAAACCAUACGGCCCUCGACGACGAUCGACGCGCCGACGCGCAAGCCAAAGCUGGCCGGCGGCGACCCCAAGAACAAGGAGAACACGGGCGGCGGCAAGGGCAAGCACGAGCUGCUGCUCUUUGACGACCCCGUGAACACGCGCGAGUACGUGAGCCGCGUGCUCUGCACCAAGGUCGCGCUGAGCGAGGGCGAGGCCUACGACUGCAUGAUGACGGCGCACCAGGCCGGCAUGGCCGUCGUCGGCGUCUACCAGUUCGAGGUCGCCGAGAACUACUGCACGCAGAUGAAGGAGUCGGGGCUGGUGGCGGCCGUGAAGCCCGUGGGCGACGGGAACGAGUAAAA